UAGAGAUUAAAGAAGUAGAAGAAAAAAAUAUUUCCUUUGAAGAAGCAUAUUCUAAUGGAACUUUGUACAAAUGGAAGCUACAAAUUAUUAAGAAUAAUUGGAAUUUUGAUGUUACUAUUAUCCUCUGCCCCUUUUGUGUUAGCAUACAUAGAAUGCUCCACAGUUUCUCAACUUUUUUCUGCAUGCUCCAUAUUCAUCAGCUAUGGUACCCCAGACCCAAUUCCAGGGUCCCCAUGUUGUGAUGCCAUGUUAGGAUUAAGUAUAAUUGCUAAUUCAGGUGAUAAUAAGCAAUCUGUUUGUAGAUGCAUAAUGGGCCUUCUUCAAAAUUACAGCACAAAUGCCACAGCUAUAGGUACCUUGCCAGGUUUAUGUGGUAUUUCUUUGGGCUUCACAAUUAUUCCUAAUCCACAAUGUAUACUUUAAGCGUAAUUAUAAGAAAGCUACUUUAACACUCUCAUUGAUUUAUUAAAAAUUGCAUCUCUCCGAAUUUAUCAAUCCAGACGGAAAAAAACAUCAUUUUUUCUCACUCUCGGAUCUAUAAAUUCAUACGAAAUGAUAUUUUUUUCCCGUUUGGAUGGAUAAAUCCAGAACGGAGUGAUUUUUAAGAAACAUGGGGGUGGAAAAAGAAACUUCCUAAUUAAGCAAUGCCUUUUGGGCUUGGCCUUGAGUAAGUGUGAUUGCCAAUAGUCCAAGUAUUAUAAGAUUCACUAAUGGAAAUAAUAAAAAGUUUGUUGUAAUGU